CUGAACCGCGCGGGCCCUUUCUCCCGGAAGCGCGGCGCCGGGUCGCGCCACGUCUGUGCUGCACCUUCUCUGGGUCCCAGCAGCUGCCGCCCCGCCCGCGCGGAGCGCACGCCCGAGCCGCGGCCCGCCGGCCUGGACCGGGAGCAUCAUGGGUGGCGUGGUCCCGCGCUCAGCCUCCGCGCUGCCGCUGCUGCUACUGCUGCUGCUCCACGCGGAGCGGCCGCGGGGCGCCGAGCUCACCUUCGAGCUGCCGGACAACGCCAGGCAGUGCUUCCACGAGGAGGUGGAUCAGGGCGUGAAGUUCUCCCUAGACUACCAGGUCAUCACUGGAGGCCACUACGAUGUCGACUGCUUUAUGAAAGACCCCCUGGGGAACAUCAUCUACAGUGAAACCAAGAAACAGUAUGACAGCUUCACGCACAAGGCCGAGGUCAAGGGCGUGUAUCAGUUUUGCUUCAGUAAUGAGUUUUCCACCUUCUCUCACAAAACCGUCUACUUUGACUUUCAAGUGGGCGACGAGCCCCCCAUUCUCCCAGACAUGGGGAACAGAGUCACAGCUCUCACCCAGAUGGAGUCCGCUUGUGUGACCAUCCACGAGGCUCUGAAGACGGUGAUCGACUCCCAGAAGCAUUACCGGCUCCGGGAGGCCCAGGACCGGGCCCGCGCAGAAGACCUCAACAGCCGAGUCUCUUACUGGUCCAUCGGCGAGACCAUCGCCCUGUUUGUGGUCAGCUUCAGCCAGGUGCUGCUGCUAAAAAGCUUCUUUACAGAGAAACGGCCUAUCGGCAGGAUGGUCCACUCCUAGUUGGGGUGCUCUGCUCCCAAGCCCCUUGCACCCGGGACAGAGCAGCCCCCUCGGGCCUCAGGCUCCUGCGGGCUGGUGAGUGUACCCCAGGGUGGAUGCCCUGUCACCUCACCUUCUAAUCAGAUGCUUGGUCCUUGUCCUCCAGCAGCUGGAGCUCAUAGAGCCCAGUUAGCAGGAGGCAUCGAGCUGCCUUAUAUGUGCAACAGUGAAUGCAGAAAGGGUCUGACCAGGCAGGGACUGGCUACUGUGGGGGGCAGGCAGGCCACCAUCCAGUGGCCUGGCCAGUAGGAGAAACCCCAAGUGCCCCGUUCUCCAAGGCACAGCUCAGGGCUCUCUCUCUUUGCUCCAUGACUCACAGCCCAUUUGGCUUCUGUGUCCUCUCCCCUGUGGAGAAGACUGGGCCCUGAGUUUGGGCUUCCUUCCCUUGAGCUCUCUGUACCUGUGGAAACCAGGCCCUGAAGCGGCUUUGCAGAAACCCCACCCCAGGGGAGCCCUGGAAUCGGCCCUGGAAGCAAGAACAGGAUGGUAGCUGGGUGCCUUGGCUGGCUAUGUAUCUCCUCGGAGGUGGGACUCCGGCUAAUAAAAUCUGAGUGUGAGCACCAUA